AUGGCUGAAGAACGAUUUCGCAAAUAUGACUUUACCAAUGACAAGAGUUGGUUAAAUUACUUUAACAAUUUGGAAAUUGCCGAUGGAAAUUACAUGUCCAACACCACCCUAGAAAAAUACAAGAGAAGAUGGUACAAUAAGAAUGUAGAGCCAAUUUCAAUGGAGGUAGGAGGAGGAGCAAGUAGCAGUGCGAACACAGGCAACAGCUCUUCUUCGGAGCCUUCCUCCCAACAAGCCUCAUCAUCAUCCGCAAAUCAUACGACCACCGGUAGUAGAACAAGCGAUACAACGAACACUGCCUCCACUAGUGGUUCAACUAGUAGUAAUACUUCUACAACAGGGUCUGGCAGCUUUUGGAACGUUUUGCAACAACAAAAACCUUAUAUUUAUACGGCGGCUUGCAGCGCCAUUAUUAUUUGUGGUAUCUUGGGUUUAAUCUCAAUUUUAUUUUGUCCAACCUGUGGAGCACAAACAGCUGCAACACCUCCUCCAAUUUCUAAUUCUCAAUUCGAUCGUGAGUUGGAUAUAGAUGAUACUGUUAUCCCACCUCAACCACAAACCAUUCCAGCUUCGUCCUCUGCCCCUUCAAUUUCUCCAUUCAUGUCACUUUGCAUGAGUAGCUAUUUUAUGAGUGUUUUAUUAUCGUGUGGAAUUUUUGCUUUUGAAUUUUUACACAAGUAUGGAUGGAAAAAGUAUGCGUACAUUAUGUUUGAUGCUGAUGGACAGUAUUUAUUUAUUUCAUUGUUUUAUUUGGUUUCAGGAAAGUCUGGAGUUUUCAUUUUACUGUUAAUGCUCUCUGCGUUGGUGAGAUUACUGCCAAAUUUACUGAUUGUGACCAACAACAAUCCAAGAGUUUUAGCAUUUCAACAAAAACUUUAUCAAUAUGAUUUAGGAGACAAAUUUGCAAGAUUUGAGUUGUUCUUGCUCGUCAACGAAGUAUUAGCCUUCUCCAUUCUCAAAAUCAUUAUGAUUAUUAAUUUUAUUUGCCAUCGUUACAUUAUUUUCCCUCACCUGGCAAACUAUAUUCAUGCUAUUAAGAACGCUCUCGAUCAAUACAUGCCAAAUAUGUUGAGAGGAGUUUACACCAAGAUUUGCGGAUAUCUCUCCAUGUAUGUUGCAUCACUACAGCAGAAAAAAGCACAACUUGAUGCCCAACAUUAA